AUCACCUCAGCACUGCAGCAAAAAACAACGUUGUUCUUCGUCCCAGCUGGUGCUGGAAAGUUUUUGCGAAAUUUUCCCCGCAAAAUUUCGCACUUAGCGGUUGAAAAUAGUCGUAAAGUGAUCUUUAACGUUUGCGGUUGCUGAUUGAGGUGAAUUUUGCGGUGAAAAAGUGAAAUUUGACGACUUUUUCGUCGGAUAUAGUUACGCCGAUUUCCGACCAGUCGGAAAAUCAAAGAUGGACGACAAACGCGACGGUAAAAAGAAGGAGAAGAAGCGCAGUCGGAGCCGGAGUCGGGACAACAAGCGGAGGAGUCCUUCGCGGAGUCCCAGCUAUGGGAGGCGUCGUCGGGACAGGAGCCGGAGUAGGGAUCGGGCGCGGAAUAGGAGGGUUAGUCGGAGUCCGGUUGAGAUGCGACGGAGGGGACGGGGUCGGAGGAGUCCAAGUCCUCCGCCGCCACCGUCGAUGCAGGCACCGCCUCCUCCGAUGAUCGCCGGAGGAGGAGUGGUGGCCCCGCCCGGGUAUCCGGCGAUGUACGACGCUUACGGGGGGUACGCGACUGCUCCGCCGCCGGGACCUUACAUGGGUGACAUGAGUCAGCCGGCUUACGGCGGGUACGAGUACAGGGCAGCGCCCGGACCGGCUCCGGUGGCGGUCGAUGGGUACGGGGGAAUGCUGUCCGGUCCACCGCCGCAGAUUAUGAUGGUUAGCCAGCAGCCGGGACCGCCGGGAGAGGAGUACGGAGCGGCGGCUGCCGCGGCUAAUGCUUCGGGGUGGAACGCUCCGCCGCCGGCGAUUCCGGUGGUGCAGGAGAACGAGGAGGAGAAGCGGAAGAGGGAGGCCGCAAUCGCGACGGAAGUGCGCAACCAGCGAGCAUCGCUGAAGAAGCAACGCGACGACUACAUGCAGCGCGCAGGUGCCCUGAAGCGUGAGCUUAAGAUCCUCAAGCAGCAACGGGCCGAUUUGAGCUCCGGUCGUGAGCCGCCCUCGCCGACGACCAACAGUUUCAUUAAGGAAAACGACAAGCUGCAGUCCCAGAUCCAGACGAAGCUGAGCACGAUCGAGAACGUCAUCGACAUGCUGGAGGGCAUCAUCGGCAAGGACAAGACGCCAACGCCGCCGCCGCCGGUGCUGACGCCGCGAACCCCGCCGGAGCAGGACGGGACCGACGACCGCCGGAACAGCCCGACGAGGCUGCCGACCGGCAAGGAGCGAAAGGAUUCGGCCUCGUCGGCGUCGCCCGAGCGACUGAAGAAUGAGGUGCUGGAGACGAUGAAGCGCGGAAAGGGGCGGAAGGAGGAAAAAUCCAAGCAGGACAAAUCCGGCGACGCCAAGCCGCCGCCGCCGCCGUCACUCUCGCAGGUCAACCACGUGUUCUACGAUCCCGAGCUGCACUGGUGCUCCACCUGUGACAUCUUCCCGAAGACCGCCAAGGACUACCUGAACCAUCUGCACUCGACGGACCACACGGCGAAGGCUGCGGCCGCCUCCCAGGAGUACCCCUGGCGGGACAAGCUUCCUGACUCGGAUGAACCCGUGAAUAAUCCGGCGUUACCGCCCAAGCGGGUGCCAAUUCGGGGGCUGCAGUUCUUCGUCCCAGCUCCGGCCUGGUACUGUAAGCUGUGCAACUACUGGAUGGGGGAUUUGCACUGCGCUUCUACACAUUUGAAGUCGAGCAAGCAUCGGGAGUAUUAUGGGCAAUACAUCGAGUCGCACGCGAACUUUGAGAUCGAUUGGAUGUCGGAUCGGCAGAAGGCGUACGAACGGAUGCGGGAUCUGGCACCGGGUACGAUUCCGUUUGGAGGUGGUCCGGACAGCGGACCGAAUGACUUUUUGAGCUCGGGUUUGAUGCCCAUCAAGGACGGUAAGAAGAAGAAGAGCAAGAAGGAGGACAAAAAGGACAAGAAAAAGAAGAAGCGUUCGAAGAAGAAGAAGAAGCGGGCGGCCUCGUCGAGCAGUUCGGAUUCCAGCUCGGACUCGGAUUCCGACCCGGAGAAGAAGAGCGCCAAGGGCGAUGAGUUCGAUCCGGCGACGUCGAUCCGGGUUGCGAUGCGGAAUCUGCUGAAGGCGCAGGAAGCGGCUAGUAAGGAGGCGAAGGCGGAGGAAACCGCCGCUGGUAAGUGGACCGUGGUGCAGACGGCGGCGGUGGCCCCGAAGGAGCUGACGGCACCUCCGCCGCCGUUUAUGACGGAGGGCGCCGAAAGCAGGGAGAAGAAACGGGACGAGCUGAUGAUUUCGCAGUGGGUCACGCCGGAACCGAUCAUCUCGGAGAAGGAGAAGCAAAUGCUGGAACAGCUCAAGGGUAAGUUGAAGAAGCGGGAGGAGGUGCCACCUCCGCCCAAGUCUCCGCCGGGUCGGUUCCGAGAACCUGAAGAUAACUUCCGCCGGGAGUUGGACGACCGACGCCGCAUCAGCAGGUCUCCGACGCCACCGUGGCGAAGAAAUCGCAGUCCACUGGGAAGACGUGGCUCUCCGGGAGGUUUCGGAGGCCGAGGACGUCGCAGUCCGAUCGAUCGUCGUGGACGCAGCCCGUUGGACCGUGGAAUGCGGGAUCGUAGCAUGGAUCGGCGUCGGGACCGCAGCAUGGACCGCGGAGGUCGGGGCAGCCGCGAUCGGGACCUGAACCGAGGGUUCGGCGGAGGAGGUCGUUUCGAUCGACGUCGUGGAGGCGGCUUCGGCGGACGACGCAGUCCGAGUCCAAAUUUUGGCCGGGGUAGAUUUCGGCCGCGGCGGUCCUUUUCACGCUCCCGAUCCCGAUCCCGCUCCCGCUCGCGGACGAGAUCCCGCUCCCGCGGGAGGCGGGUUAUCGAGAAACCCAUCGUAAACUUCCCACCGGAACCGAAGCCGAAGCUGACGAAAAAAUCGCGCGACAAAAAGGACGACGACAAGAAGGACAAAAAGCCCGUCUCGAUGUCCAUCCCGGGCCAGAAGAAACUUCCCUUCAUCGGCCGGAUGCCCGUGUUCAAGAAGCAACAGCAGGACGCCAAAAAAGAGGAAAUCACCGUGCCGGAAAACAUGGACCUUGAAGAGCCCCCGGGUCAAGAAAACGGAACCAAGACGCAACCCGAAGAGUUCGGCGACAUGAUGCCCGACCCGUACCAGUACGUGGCCCUCAUGGGAGCAGCCCCGCCACCACCCCCCAACUCCCACCCCGGCAAACCCGACCAAAGUAUGCUCCCCCCAGGAAUCGACGAAGCCGAAGCGGCCGACGCCCCCAAACCCAUCAGCGAUGCCCCAAUCCCCCGCAAAGGCCCCCUCCCCAAAGACUUCCAACAGGCGCUGGACAUCCUGUUCGACGGCGACAAACCCAAACCCGCCGACGUCAUCGCCAACGAGACCAAACCCCCGGAACUCCCGCCGCCCCCACCCGUCGAACCCGCCACCAUCGACACCGACCGGCCCCAGAUGAUCGUCCCGGAAGCCAUCGAAAUGUACAACCAACAAAUGGCCGCCCAGUACAGCUCGGCCGCCGUCGUGUCGAGCGCGGCCGUCUCCUACCAAGAGGACGACGAGUCCCAGAACCAACCGCUCGAAAUGACCGGCCUCAAGCAGGAAAAAUCCCCGCUCGAAAGCAUUCCCACACCACCGACCCACGUCAGCGAAGAAGAAGGGUCGCGCGAGUCCAAGAAUGGGACGGCGGAACCGGAGCAGGAAGUCGUCGCGCCGAAGGUGGAGGUGGAGAAUGAGGAGACGCGAAGGAAGCGGGCGGAGCUGGAGGAGCUGGCCAUGCUCGGGAUCGAUGCGGACGAUAUGGCGGCGCAGAUUUUCUAAAUUCGUUUUUUUCUAGGUUCCUUGCGAUUGCGAUUUCUUUUUCCACUUCACGUUGAAUGCUGAUUUUUUGAAGGCACGGAUGAAAUUUAAGUGACGAUUCCUGUAUGUUUAAACACAUUAGUUUUAGGGGAAACACAUGUAAUAUCAAAACUCUGGUAUUCAACUAAAAUUGGUUUAAAAUAGACAUUGAGUAAAUGAA